CGCUGACUUUGUUUCUCUGUUUUCACUUCCUCCGGUCGCUGCCCCGACUCACCUUUGACAACCCUCAUUUGGUCUCGAUCCAUCUCCCCCACCCUUGCGUCGUCCUUUAGCUGUGUUUUGCGCUGCCCCGAGUCUGUCCUCCGCAUCCGCUCGCUACGAUUUUCACGCGCCUUUCCUUCUCUGCGCAUGGUGCAUUCUUCGGAGUGGGGGAUCUGUUAGAUCUCCUUCGGUCUUUCCGACAUUCCAGUGUCUUGAUAUCGCCGCUGGAGAGAAAGAACGUUAAGGGAAAUCGAAGAUAAUGUCGUCCAACUCGGAUCUCACGGCUCCCGGGAGCAGCACGUAUGCCUCAAACACCUUGCACGUCGGGGAUGGCACAUGGGACACCGGGCGCGACACCUUCCUUCUGCCAAAUCUGAUGGGACUCAAUUUUGAUACCAUGCGCUAUAAUGGAAUGGGAAAUCGAUUUCGAGAAAUGCCGCAAUACCGUACCCUGAUCAUCACUCACGGCGUGAUCGCAACCAUCGUGUUUCUAGGCCUCGUGCCAAUGUCAAUCCUAACCGUUCGAUACUUUUCCCGCUGGAGUCCGUUCUGGGCUUUCAAACUACAUGUGUGGUGCCAGGUCCUAACCCUCCUAUUGAGUACCGUCGUCUUUGUCCUGGGCUGGUUUGCGGUCGGCCCUAAGAGAAGCUUGUCGAACCCACACCACGGCAUUGGACUUGCAAUCUAUGUGAUGGUCAUAUUCCAAGUGUUCUGGGGAUGGCUGGUCCACAAAAUCGAAAGCAAGAGGCAGCGUUAUCAUGUUCCUUUCAAGCUAGUCAUCCAUCGAUGGAUCGGUCGUGCCCUCGCCAUUUUGGGGCUUAUCCAGAUACCUCUAGGCCUCACUCUGUGGGGAUCCCCGAAGUCCUUGUUCAUCCUGUAUUCGGUCGCCGUAUUCGCUCUUUUGGUAACGUUCUUCGUCCUAUCAUACCUAUAUGACACGGAAGGGUAUCACCCAGGAGGAUCCGAAUACGAUGGUCGGCACAGUUAUGUUUCCGGUCCCCCUGGUCCCGACGACCGCCGCCACAACAGCUUUGGUCGCAUGGCCGCAGCAGGAGCCGCGGGGGCUGGUUUGGCCUCCCUAUUCAGGAGGCGCUCGAGGAGCAGAGGUAGGGAUCACGGAUACGACGAUUCGCAUGCAUCCUACACAGAGGAAAAGUACUCCGACGAGGGGUCCCGCCGCGGAGGCUGGGCAGAUAAAUUCCUCAAAAUAGGGGCCCUCGGAGGUGGUGCUCUUCUUGCCAAAAAGCUAUUCGAUAGACGACGCAAUAAAGAGAGUGACCGUGAAUCCGGACGAUAUCGGCCCGCCCACACUCGAACUGACAGCAUGACGGAAGACAGCCUGAGUCGCUUGGAAGAUGGACGAAGGCCUGCACCAAGCUAUCAAACCCCUCUCAAUCGCCCACCCAGCCGGCCCCCGAGCAGACCGGGAAGCAGACCUCAAAGUCCAGGCUCUUCAUAUUAUUAUGACUCGACGUACCUCUCCGGCAACGAGCCUGCCAGGCCUUCCCAUGGUGCUCGCAAUGCUUUCCUGGGUGCGGGCGCAUUCGCAGCCCUCAAGAACAUGUUCAAGCGCGGUAAGGGAGACCCGGACCAGCGCCGUCUGGAAGAGAUGCGUCGUCGAGAGAUGGAAGAUGAGCGCCUCCAGCGUGCAAACAGUAAACGACGCUACACUGGAGAUGGAUACGGAUAUAACCCACGACGCAGAGCCGAUUCAUACACUGCGACUGACUUGUCAUCGGACAUGACACGUCCCCCACGUGGCCCUUCACAUGGUCCUCCACUCGGAGAGUCUGCUCUUACCGGAGGCCCUACUGCCUCUGCUCCAGUCGAUGGCGCCCACUCAGACAUGCCCCCUGUGCCUCCAACCCAAUUGACCUCGGAGCUCCCAGGCGCUGAUCCGUCACGGCCCGCUCCAUCCGACCUUGCAGCCGGUGCAGCUGCAGGGUCCGCUCUGGGGGUGCCGUCCAGUCAUCGCCGUCGACGCAGCAGCAGCAGACGCAGAGACGACCACGUGGACUCCCCGCCGGUAUCCGUCAAGGUGAAGAUGCAUGACGACGGGCGACACGUCACUCUCCGGAGAUUAACCGAGGAAGAGGCUGCCGCCAAUCGAGAAGCCCGACGCCGAGAGCGGAGAAACUCUCGCCGUCGCGCUGGGAGUGCCAGCUCUUUAUCAGGCGGCGAGGGAAGCUAUGACCGAUGGCGUCGUGUGGAGGAAUUAGAGCGCGAGCAACAAGAGCAGAUGCGACGAGAACAAGCCGCCGCCGCUCCGUCCGGGACUAUGCCCCCGGCCUCUUAUGCGCCGCCUCCACCGCCGCCUCCAGUUCCCGCAAGUAUGCCCUAUGGCGCCGGGAGUAUAACUUCGCCAGGCACAUACACCGGCACGGAAGCCAGCGGCGACUACGCCAACAAUCGGAGACGACGACGAGCAGAGCGAGCUCGCGCCCGCCAGGACAGGCAGCACAGCGUGGAAUUCACCUGAUGAAACUAUCCCAGUCCUUUGAGCUCAAUUUCUCCCUCCCCCUCCCCCCUUCCCCUUUGCUAUUGCGAACCCUCCACGCAAUUUGUAUAGAAACUCGAUUGACUUUCUUUUCCCUGUGGUAUACUUGAUUCUCAAUUUCCCCUUGACCAUCUAUGACCCCCAUCCCACCCCCAUUUGUCACGAAUUUUCUGUACUUCAGUUAUUUGUUGUACUUCUCCUGUUUUGUUUCUUUCUUUUCCCCCAAUCCCUUGUUUUUUACCCCCCGGCCUUAACACGAUGGAACGGAACGAAAUGGUAAGUAAUGAAAUGCAAAUGCAAGCGUUGAUUCUUUCCCCCUGCCCCUGAAUUAUGAAUUGAAGACACACACAGCACCAUGUUUCCGAUGUUUCCAAUGUUCUAAUGUUCAAUAUUGAUCCUGAUGAUAACAUAUGCGCGUUAAAUUCCAAUC